AUGCCUGCAACGAAACUCGUCUCAGGAGCAGGGCCCGAACCGCCUUUGCCGGACGGAUUCUGUAAUGAAAAGAAAAAAACACCAAGUGAAGCAGGUUACGAUAGUCUACAAUGGAGAUUCAGUCAAAUCAGGCAGACAUUCAAUAAAGAGCCAAUGGCCAGGACAGGAUGGACAGAUCUGGAGAAUGAUGCCAUGAAAUGCUUCGAAAACCCUGGUCACUGCGUUCCCGUAUAUUAUGCGAUCACUCUUCCGCCGGAUGGUAUUGCUUUAUUGGCAGAGAAAACGUAUAUAGUGCCAUUGUUACAGGUAUAG